AUGACCAGACGGUGCGCUGCCCUAGCCUGUAAACAGCUGAAUGGGCCACACACCUUCUCUGCCCUUGCCAGUGCAUUGAACGAAGUUCACUGUGAAUUCAACAUCCGAGACAAAAUCACACGCACCACGACUGACAAUGGGUCCAACUUCAUAAAAGCUUUUAAGCUAUAUGGGCAAACUGAUGAAAACAACAACCCAGGUCCUUGUGUCGAGAGUGCUGAAGCCGAAGAUGACAAUGGUGAUGGGAAUGAUGAAGAACAGGAGAGUGAGGGCAUGGAGUUCGUCGAGGCUGGAGCGAUACUUGACGAGGAUGACUGCCUGGAAUACCAACUACCCAGACACCAUCGCUGUGCUUGCCACCUUCUUAAUUUGGUGUCAGCUGUUGAUGUUGAGGAGGCCAAUGUCAACAGCGCCUACAAGCGGGUUUCACGCUCAGCUUUUUCGAAGUGUUGGGGACCUUGGAACAAAACCGCAAGAUCUACCACAGCAGCAGAAGUCAUCGAAAAGAACUGCAAACUGCAGUUAUUGAGGCCAAAUGCAACAAGAUGGAAUUCCCUGUUCUUGGCGGUGGAGAGGAUCAUCAGAAUUACAAGGGAGCAGGGAGAAGGGGCCAUCACAGCUGUAUGCAGCGCACUGAAGAUAGCCAUGUUCACACCUGUUGAGCUUGCAUUCCUGGCCGAAUACAUGAAGACCAUGGCCCUGGUGGCGAAGGCCCUGGAUGUCCUGCAGGGCGAUACGAAUGUGCAGAUGGGCUGGUUGGUGCCAACGAUCACAAUACUCAAGAAUAAGCUCCAAAACCUCCGCCUUGCCACCAAGUUCUGUAGGCCUUUAAUUGAUGCUCUACUAAAAGGCCUUGAGAAGCGUUUCGAACACGUCCUCACAGAACCAGAGCUGAUCGCUGCUGCAAUUCUCGUAACCAAAUUCAAGACCAGCUGGACAAAUGACGACUACACCCUGAGACUCGGCCUUGACUACAUCAAAAGUCACUUGAAGGACCAAGCUGAGGACAAUCAAGCUGAGAGCUUGCCUUCUUCAGAGGAGGAGGAGGACUUCUUUUCUUCAAUCAAACAGCCCAGUUCCCAAGAAAAGGCCAAACAGCUGGAGACUUACCUUGGCUCCCCAGGUGAUACAAUGGAAGCACUUAAGACUUUUCCACCUAUUUGCAACCUUUCCUUGAGGCUUAACACUGCACUCCCAGCCUCAGCUGCAUGUGAGAGACUGUUUAGUGUAGCGGGACUGAUCUUCCGUCCAAAAAGGGCACGUAUUGAUCACAAGAACUUUGAGAAUCAGCUUCUUUUGAGGCUCAACAAAGCAUUCUGGUAGUCUUAUUGGGUAUGCU